AUGGCGCUCCUGGCCCUGGCGUGCUGGAGGGUAGUGUCGGCGUCGGCCCCGCGGCCCCUGGGGCCGCCUCCGCCCCCGGAUGCUGCUGACGCGCCUGCCCAGGGUCUGGGCGGCGGUGAGGUGCCUGGCGAGCGUGCGGAUCGCAGCGCCAUCGGUGCCCUUGCCUCCGUGGGCCCCUUGCGGUCGCCGCUUGGGGGCGCGCAGCAGGUGGACGCGUCCAACGGCUCGGCGUGCAGCACGAUCUGCUCGGACAGCGCUCGCCUCGGCACCCAGAUUGUGCAAUACUUGGCUCGGAAUGAUGCGGCCCUCUUGAGCGGGGGCACGCAGGCUCCUCCUGCGCCCACCGCGUCGGAGGGCGAUGGCCCCUCGUGCUCGGAGGGCGUGUUCGUUUCGUUCCUGGACGGCUUCUCGGUGGCGGCGGUGGCGUGUGCGGCCAAGGGGCCGAAGUCGGGAGUUGAGUCGCUCCUGGACUUGACCGAGGCCCGCGACCUCGGCGUCCGCCUCGGAGGUGCAGGUUGUCCAGGUGCCGAGGAGCACGGCGAGCAGGGCCUGCCUUUCGUCGAGGAGCCCGAGGUCGAGUCCCAGAAGGGCGCGAAGUCCGUGGAGGCCGACCUGGCGGCGCACGGCGCGAAGGCCUCGCAGGGAGUGGUGGAGUCGACCGUGGGCGCAGUGCGGGCUCAGGCGGAGACCGAAGCGCUCGGCGCCGCCAUGCUGGCGAGAGCUGCCCUCCAGCGUGGCGACAUCGCCGAGGGCCUUCGGCUGCGGGAGGCGGCACAGGCGAAGCACCUGGAGAGCGUGCCCAGGCGCCCUGGCGAGUGCUCGGAGUGA